AUGGCAAGUGAUCGUAUACGAGUCGGAGGACUGUACAUUUCGAAAGUUCUUUUUAACUUCGUCAAUCAAGAAGCUGUACCUGGUACAAACAUUAAUGCUUUCGCUUUUUGGGCGGGUGUACAAGCAAUUGUGAAUGAUUUCGCGCCUGAAAAUCGUGCUCUUUUACAGAAACGCGAUGAUUUACAAGCCAAAAUCGAUCAAUGGCAUCGAACACAUCAAGGCCAGCGCACUGAUGUGGCUACUUACAAAUCAUUUCUAUAUGACAUUGGAUAUUUGUGUCCACGAACUGGUGCUGACAAUUUUCAAAUUAGAACAAGUAAUGUUGAUGAAGAAGUUGCAAUUCGAGCUGGUCCACAAUUAGUUGUACCAUUGAUGAAUGCUCGAUUUACAUUGAACGCUGCCAAUGCUCGUUGGGGCUCGCUCUACGAUGCUUUAUAUGGAACAGAUGCCAUACCAGAACUGGAUGGUUGUGAGAAAACAACGAAAUAUAACAAAAAACGUGGUGAUAAAGUCAUUGCGUUCACGCGUAAAUUUCUUGAUGAAGCUGUUCCAUUAUCCGACGGUUUAUCACAUGCUAAUGCUCAAAAAUAUAGCGUCGAAAACGGAGAAUUAAAAAUUACUCUUUUGAAUGGAACAGUUGCUAAAUUACAAUCAUCAGGUCAAUUUGCUGGUUACCAAGGUCAGGCUGAUAAGCCCAGUGCUAUUCUUCUUGUUCAUCACGGUCUUCACAUUGAAAUCCAAAUCGAUCCGCCGCGUAGCCGAAACGAUCCAGCUGGCGUCAAGGAUGUGAUAAUUGAAUCGGCAUUGACAACGAUUGUCGAUUGUGAAGAUUCAGUAGCAGCAGUGGAUGCUGAUGACAAAGUUGAAAUAUACCGAAAUUGGUUGGGAUUAAUGAAAGGCACUCUGGAAGCACGAUUUAGUAAAGGCAAAGAAACAAUUACAAGAAAGUUAAAUCCUGAUCGAGUUUAUACGUCCAAAACUGGCAGUACUUUGACAUUACCUGGCCGAUCUUUACUUUUCAUCCGUCAUGUUGGUCAUCUAUUGUAUACGAAUGCAGUUCUCGAUAAAGAUCAUCAGGAAAUUCCUGAAGGUAUUCUUGAUGUCGUCAUAACAAGUUUAAUUGCUUUACAUGAUCUUAAAAAUACGUCGACACAGACGAUUAAAAAUAGUCGUACGGGUUCGAUGUAUAUCGUCAAACCAAAACAACACGGUCCAGAAGAAGUAGCAUUUACAUCGCGAUUGUUUUCACGCGUGGAAGAUCUUCUUCAAUUGCCGCAGCAUACUUUGAAAAUGGGCGUCAUGGAUGAAGAGCGGCGAACAACAUUGAAUCUUAGUGCUUGCAUUCGUGAAGCAAAAGAUCGAUUAGUUUUCAUAAACACGGGAUUUCUUGAUCGAACUGGCGAUGAAAUUCAUACAUCAAUGGAAGCUGGUCCAGUCCUACCGAAAGGGCAAUUGAAAGACACGAAGUGGCUAUCGGCCUAUGAGAAAAAUAACGUCGACGUCGGUUUAAGACAUAGUCUACCAGGCAAAGCACAAAUUGGUAAAGGCAUGUGGGCCAUGCCUGACAUGAUGUCAGCAAUGAUUCAACAGAAAAUCGCUCAUCUGAAAGCAGGAGCAACAUGUGCAUGGGUCCCCUCGCCAACUGCAGCUACUCUUCAUGCUUUACAUUAUCAUCAAGUGGAUGCUUUUGCUCGUCAAGCUGAUAUUGCAGCUUCAUCAUCGUUACUCAAUGAUUAUCUCGAUGAUUUACUAACUAUUCCAGUUUUAACGAAAAAACUUACAUCCGAAGAAAUUCAACGAGAAUUAGACAACAAUGCUCAAAGUAUUCUUGGUUACGUUGUUCGUUGGAUUGAUCAAGGUAUCGGCUGCUCAAAAGUACCCGACAUUGAUAAUGUUGGAUUAAUGGAAGAUCGAGCAACGUUACGUAUUUCAAGUCAAUUACUUGCUAAUUGGUUACGACAUGGAUUAAUCAACAGACAACAGACCGUCGAAACAUUUCAACGAAUGGCCAAGAUUGUUGAUCAACAAAAUGCGGACAGUUCUGAUUAUCGACCGAUGUCAGUUGAUUUUGAUGGCAGUAUUGCGUUUCAAGCUGCGCUCGAUCUUGUUCUCGAUGGUGCUCAACAACCGAAUGGUUAUACAGAACCGAUUCUUCAUCGUCGACGACGCGAAUUCAAAGCAAAACAACAGAAAACAACAGCAGAAAUUCGCAAAUUUUCUUGUUCUCUCCAUGUUUCUUAUCGUUUCUUCGUCGUUACCUAUUUCUUCGUUUCUACAAUACAUUUCUCGACAAUGGCACGGGAACUAUCUUGCGGAGUUGCCUUUUCUCGAGUGAUUUGUGGCAUAGGCAUUUACAUCAAGGUCGAUACACAUUUUAACGAUGUCCUCACCAAACUUUCACACGUGAGCGACUUCAAAAGUCAAUCGUUGGGAUUUUUAGCCUUUAUUCUAAUUGGUGGCGGACUGUUCGCUGUUCUUAUAUCUUUACUCGGUUGCCUUGGAACUCUACGUCACAACAGAUGCUUACUGUACUCCUAUGCUGUGAUUUUAAUCGUUCUAGUCAUUCUUCAGUUAGCUGGCUUUAUCACAGCCAUUGUUUUCAAAGAUAAACUCGAAUCGGUAUACAAGGAUGGUUUAACGCAAGUUUUCACCACUGCUCUCGAUAACAAUGACACUGUAGUCAUAGACGCUUUCCAUGAUCUUGAGAAGUCUCUGACGUGCUGCGGAGUAAAUGGCAUCCAAGAUUACAUCAAUCACAAUGUCAAGCCGCCAACACUAUGUUUUGAAAACCCUGUUAAAGGCUGUCCUAAGACCAUCAUUGAUUUAUUAGAAAAGAAUUUACCGAUUGUUGCUGCAUGUGCAAGCAUUUUGCUACUUUUCGAAUUACUUGGUUUAAUAUUUGCAUUUGUAUUAGCUCGUGCACUGAAAAAUGCCGAUGUUGAAAUAUAUUCAUCCAAACCAGGCGAAGUGAUCAGUGGAAUUAUACCAGGACGACGUCGUAAUUAUCGAAAUAUUUGA